UUUGUGUCUUCAUUAUCUUGAUUUCUGUUUUUUGUCUCUUUCAUAAAACGGUUGUUCCAAAGUGAUCAGUUAAUCAGUUUUCAUUUUUCGUCGCUUUUAUUGAUUGACAUUUGAUCGUUUAAGUUUUUUGUUUCAUUUGUUUUGUGUUCUCACUCUUUGAGUCUUCUGAUUCUUUAUACUAAUUGUUUAAUUUUAAGUGAAUUGAAAAAAAAGUAAAAUAAAUCAAAAUGUGUGACGAUGAAGUAGCCGCUUUAGUUGUUGAUAAUGGAUCCGGUAUGUGUAAAGCCGGUUUUGCCGGUGAUGAUGCCCCAAGGGCUGUUUUUCCAUCUAUUGUUGGUCGUCCAAGGCAUCAAGGAGUUAUGGUUGGUAUGGGUCAAAAGGAUUCAUAUGUUGGUGAUGAAGCUCAAUCAAAAAGAGGUAUUUUAACCUUGAAAUAUCCAAUUGAACAUGGUAUUGUAACCAACUGGGAUGAUAUGGAGAAAAUCUGGCACCAUACAUUCUACAACGAGUUGAGAGUUGCCCCAGAGGAACAUCCAGUCCUUUUGACUGAAGCUCCUUUGAAUCCAAAAGCUAAUCGAGAAAAAAUGACCCAAAUCAUGUUUGAAACUUUCAACACUCCUGCUAUGUACGUAGCCAUUCAAGCCGUUCUCAGUCUUUAUGCUUCUGGUCGAACCACUGGUAUUGUCUUGGAUUCUGGUGAUGGUGUUUCUCACACUGUUCCAAUCUACGAAGGUUAUGCAUUACCUCAUGCUAUUCUUCGAUUAGAUUUGGCUGGUCGAGAUUUAACCGACUAUUUAAUGAAAAUCUUAACUGAACGAGGUUACUCUUUCACCACUACUGCUGAAAGAGAAAUUGUUCGUGACAUCAAAGAGAAACUCUGUUAUGUUGCCCUUGACUUUGAACAAGAGAUGGCAACUGCUGCAUCAUCAUCAUCCAUUGAGAAAUCAUAUGAAUUACCUGAUGGUCAAGUUAUCACCAUUGGAAAUGAACGAUUCCGAUGUCCCGAAGCUCUUUUCCAACCUUCAUUCCUUGGUAUGGAAUCUUGUGGUAUCCAUGAGACUACCUACAAUUCAAUCAUGAAAUGUGAUGUUGACAUUCGUAAAGAUCUUUAUGCCAACACUGUUCUCUCAGGAGGUACCACCAUGUAUCCAGGUAUCGCUGACAGAAUGCAAAAAGAAAUCACUGCAUUAGCUCCAAGCACAAUGAAGAUUAAGAUCAUUGCCCCACCCGAACGUAAAUAUUCCGUCUGGAUCGGAGGAUCAAUUUUAGCUUCACUUUCCACCUUCCAACAAAUGUGGAUCUCUAAACAAGAAUAUGAUGAAUCAGGACCAUCAAUUGUCCACAGAAAAUGUUUCUAAGCUAAACUACUUUAGCCAUUGCCAAAACUUCAAAUCAUUCUCUCUCUUUUUUCUCUCUCUCUCUCAUAUUAACCAAAUAACAAAAAACAGAAAAUACUUGACUACAAAUGUAGUAAGUAAAUGAAGUGAAUAAAUGAACGAGUUCAAUUAUUAUUCGUUGAUUGUCAGACUGAAACAUUAAACGUAAUAAAUGAAUUUGUCUAAACGA